CCCCAUCGUCGUUUCGUCGUCCUCUCCUCAAUUGUUGUUCCAUCGAUCCGAGGAAGAAGAAGAAGAAGAAGAAGAAGAAGAAACCCUAGUGCGAAUGGAGUGCGUGUUCGGGAUGGUGGGCGACGGGUUCGCCGUGGUCGCGGCGGACACCUCCGCCGUACACAGCAUCCUCGUCCACAAAACCGACGAGGACAAGGUCAUGCUCCUCGACUCCCACAAGCUCCUCGGCGCCUCUGGCGAGGGCGGCGACAGGGUGCAGUUCACGGAGUACAUACAGAAGAACAUGCACCUCUACCAGUUUAGGAACGGAAUCCCCCUCACCACCGCCGCCGCCGCCAACUUCACCCGUGGCGAGCUUGCCACCGCCCUCCGGAAGAACCCAUAUUUCGUUAACAUAUUACUAGCUGGCUACGACAAGGAUAUCGGCCCGUCUCUCUACUACAUUGACUACAUUGCAACUCUUCACAAAAUCGACAAGGGUGCUUUUGGGUACGGAUCCUAUUUCUCCUUGUCUAUGAUGGACCGGCAUUACCACCCCGGCAUGUCCGUGGAAGAAGCCAUCGAUCUUGUCGACAAUAUCAUUGCAGAAAUCCGGUCGAGACUGGUCAUCGCUCCACCAAACUUUGUGAUUAAGAUCGUUGACCAGGAUGGAGCUAGGGUUUAUGGUUGGCGCGAGUCAAUCAAGGACGUCGACAUACCAAAAGCUUGAGAUGGUGAGUCUCUUGUUCCUCUCCUUGGUGUUGGCAGUUUGUUACUUUUUGAGAUAUUUCUUGGUCGUAGCUUAAUCCUUUUCUGAACAUUGUCACACAUUUUGAAUUAUGACUACUAAGUUGACAGAAGCUAGUGAGAAUAUUUCGCCAAAUGUUGGUGUAUGCCUGUUUGUCUAGUUUAGAUUAGCUACCAUUCCACUCCAUGACAAUUCACGCUCAAUUCCUUUUUUGCUCUUGGGUACACAAUUCGUUUUUCAUGUUUACAAAUCAGAAACUGCAUUCCUUUGAAAUGUUGUGUUUACA